AUGUCUAAACACGUGGAUGAACAUUCGUCCCUCUUGCCAGUGACCUCGUCGGUAUCCAGACACUCAGAGUCCGAAUUCGACGACUCGGAAAUCAUUGCUUAUGUCCAGCAUAGACGAGCAUCCAUCAUUUCCGUGGGAACAAAUAAUAUCCCUACGCACUUUGCUUUGAGCAAGAAGAUCUCCAGGACAAGCUUGGAUCCUAACGACCUCAAUGCUGUCAGAUCCAACGUCUCCAACAUCAACGAUGUGUUAUCGGUGCAUUCUAAUUCCAUGUUGGGUGAGCCAGACACAAAUUUGAAGACCGAGACCCGUGUUUUGUUGAAGUACUCAAUUCCAUUGAUCAUCACCUUCUUGUUGCAAUACUCUCUUACUGUCGCUUCUGUGUUCUCCGUGGGUCGUUUGGGAUCCACAGAACUUGCUGCGGUUUCCUUGUCAUCCAUGACUGCCAACAUCAGUGGAUACGCCAUCAUCCAGGGUGUUUCCACAUGCUUGGAUACAUUGUGUGCCCAGGCUUAUGGCCGUAAAGAUUUCAAUACUGUGGGGUUGCACUUUGUUCGAUGCACCUAUUUGCUUUUGCUCUUAUACAUCCCAAUGUUUGUGUUAUGGGUUUUGCUCUCCAAGCCCAUCUUGACUGCGUUGGUUGGUUCUGAUCAAGCCGAUUUGGCCAGUUUGGCUGCCGAAUACUUGCAGGUGCUUGCUCUUGGAGUGCCUGGAUUCAUUGUUUUCGAGAACUUAAAGCAUUUCUUACAGUCCCAGGGUAUUUUCCAUGCAUCCACAUAUGUGCUUCUUGUGUGUGCUCCACUCAAUGCCCUUUUGAACUAUGUACUUGUGUGGAACGAGCACAUUGGUAUGGGUUUCAUUGGUGCCCCAUUGUCAGUGGUGAUCACCAACUGGGUCAUGUGCGUUGCCUUGUUGGGCUACACCGUCUAUGUGGCGGGGUACCAGUGUUUGCCUAUACAGCCAUUGUAUGACAAGGUGUACUUCACCAAUUGGACAAGAAUGAUCAACUUGUCGAUUCCUGGUGUGUUGAUGGUGGAGGCCGAAUGGCUUGCGUUUGAGAUCAUCACUUUCACGGCUUCUACAUUCGGUACCGAAGUGUUGGCUGCCCAGUCUAUUGUGUCAACCACUUGUGUUUUGUUAUAUCAAAUUCCAUUUGCCUUUUCCAUCGCUGCUUCCACAAGAAUCGCAUGGUAUAUUGGUGCUGCCUCUAAGAAGGCUGCAUUAAUGGCUACCAAGGCUUCUAUGUUGACGGCAAUUGUCUUUGGAGCUCUUAAUGCUACCAUUCUUUUUAUCUUCAGAAACUUCUUUGCUUCAUUGUACACUGACGACGAGGUCGUUUUGAAGAUCGCAGACAAGGUGUUGAUUGUGGGAGCAGUAUACCAGAUCAACGACUUCUUGUCGUGUAUGACGGGAGGCAUUUUGAGAGGUCAGGGCAGACAGAAGAUUGGCGGAAUUCUCAACUUGGUUUCCUACUACUUGAUCGCGUUGCCAUUCGCGUUCUUGUUUGCGUUCUACUUUAAGUUGGAGCUCUUGGGAUUGUGGCUCGGUAUGAUUAUUGCACUCUUCUUCGUUUCUGCCCUGCAGUCGUACUUUGUCAUUACUAGUGACUGGGACUCCAUCAUCAAAGAGUGUAUUAGCGAAGGAAUUGUGGAGGACGGCAAUCUCAACAUCGAUGCACAUUCUACAGUGCCUGCGAUGCUGUCGAGCCACCUUGUGUGA